CUCCAUCCGGACACUUCCUGCUCCGGUCGGUCCUGAGGAGGCGGUUCCGAGGCGGGAGGCAGCGGGACCCUGGCGGAGACUCGGAGGCUGCACCGGGAACAAUAGAGCGGAGCGACGCCAGCCUCGACCCGCCUCAGCAGCGCCAGCAGCCGGACCCAGACGGACCGAGCGGCCGCCGGAGGAGACAUGUAACCGGGCCGCGGCUCGGAUCUGAGGCGGCGGAUCGGAACCGAGCGGAUUCCGGCAUGAACCCCGGAGAAGCGGCCGAGGAGGCGCCCAGCGACCCCGACACUGAUGCCUUCUACAAAACAGGAUCCUUCAGGACCGAAGGCAUCAAGGCGUCUGAUGUUCUUCCUGUGCUGAAGGAGAAAGUCGCCUUCGUGUCGGGUGGUCGAGACAAGAGAGGAGGACCGAUCCUGACGUUUCCUGCCAGGAGUAACCACGACCGAAUAAAACAGGAAGACCUGAGGAGGCUGGUCACCUACCUGUCCACGGUGCCCAGCGAGGAUGUGUGUAAACGAGGCUUCACCGUCAUCAUCGACAUGCGAGGCUCUAAGUGGGAUCUGAUCAAACCUCUGCUGAAGACGCUCCAGGAGUUCUUCCCGGCCGACAUCUGCGUCGCUCUCAUCAUCAAACCCGACAACUUCUGGCAGAAACAGAAAACCAACUUCGGCAGCGCAAAGUUCUCCUUCGAGACCAGCAUGGUGUCGGUGGAGGGUUUGUCCAAACUGGUGGAUCCGUCUCAGCUGACAGACGACUUUGAAGGUUCUCUGGACUACAACCAUGAGGAGUGGAUGGACCUGAGGGUUUCUCUAGAGGAGUUCAUGUCCAACGCCGUCCACCUGCUGUCCAGACUGGAGGACCUGCAGGAGCUUCUGUCCAAGAAGGACUUUCCUGCAGACGUUGAAGGAUCCCGACGGCUCAUCGAGGAACACACCCAGCUCAAGAAGAAGGUUCUGAAGGCUCCGGUGGAGGAGUUGGACCGGGAAGGCCAGAGGCUGCUGCAGUGCAUCCGGUCCAGCGACGGCUUUUCAGGGAGGAACUGCAUCUCAGGUUCUGCAGACUUCCAGAGUCUGGUGCCCAAGGUGGCCAGUCUCCUGGAUAAGCUUCACUCCACCAGGCAGCAUCUGCACCAGAUGUGGCACGUCAGGAAGCUGAAGCUGGACCAGUGUUUCCAGCUGCGACUGUUCGAGCAGGACGCCGAGAAGAUGUUCGACUGGAUCAGCCACAACAAGGAGGUUUUCCUUCAGAGCCACACUGAGAUUGGUCGAGGAUACCAACAUGCUGUGGAGCUGCAGACGCAACACAACCACUUCGCCAUGAACUCCAUGAACGCCUACGUGAACAUCAACCGGAUCAUGUCGGUGGCGAGUCGACUGGCCGAAGCCGGACAUUACGCCUCCACGCAGAUCAAACAAAUCUCAAGUCAGCUGGAUCAGGACUGGAAAAGCUUCGCUGCCGCGCUGGACGAGCGAUCUACCAUCUUAGCAAUGUCGUCGGUCUUUCACCAGAAGGCAGAACAGUUCCUGUCGGAGGUGGAGGCCUGGUGUAAGGUCUGCAGUGAAGGAGGUUUACCGUCUGAGAUGCAGGAGCUGGAGAUCGCCAUCCACCGACACCAGAGUCUGUAUGAGCAGGUGACCCAGGCCUACACCGAGGUGAGUCAGGAUGGUAAGGCGCUGUUGGACGUCCUUCAGAGACCUCUAAGUCCAGGAAACUCUGAGUCUCUCACAGCGACGGCCAACUACUCCAAAGCAGUCCACUGCAUCCUGGACGUGGUCCACGAGGUUCUGCACCAUCAGCGGCGUCUGGAGAACAUCUGGCAGCACCGGAAGGUCCGACUGCACCAGAGACUGCAGCUGUGUGUCUUUCAGCAGGACGUCCAGCAGGUGAUGGACUGGAUAGAAAACCACGGAGAGGCCUUCCUCAGCAAACACACUGGAGUUGGUAAAUCUCUGCACCGAGCUCGAGCUCUGCAGAAGAGACACGACGACUUCGAGGACGUCGCUCAGAACACAUACACUAAUGCAGACAAGCUACUGGAGGCAGCAGAACAACUGGCUCAGACUGGAGAAUGUGACCCGGAAGAAAUCUACAAGGCGGCCCGACACCUGGAGGUCCGGAUCCAGGACUUCGUCCGGCGGGUCGAACACCGGAAGCUGCUGCUGGACAUGUCGGUCUCCUUCCACACCCACACCAAAGAGCUGUGGUCGUGGAUGGAGGAGCUGCAGAAACAGCUGCUGGACGACGUCUGCUGUGACUCGGUGGAUUCGGUCCAGACUCUGAUCCAACAGUUCCAGCAGCAGCAGACGGCGACGCUGGAGGCAACGCUCAACGUGAUUAAAGAAGGAGAGGAACUAAUUCAGCAGCUCAGAGAUGCCGCCAUGUCGACCAACAAGACCCCACACUGCAGUUCCAUCGCUCACAUCCAGGGGGUGCUGCAGCAGCUGGACGAGGCCCAGGGCCAGAUGGAGGAGCUGUUCCACGAACGCAAGAUCAAACUGGACAUCUUCCUGCAGCUGCGCAUCUUCGAGCAGUACACCAUUGAGGUCACGGCCGAGUUGGACGCCUGGAACGAGGAUUUAUCUCGUCAGCUGAGCGACGCCGGACGUUCAGGCAGCAGCAGCGGAGGCAGCGGCGCCUCCUCUGGCGGCUCGGAGGAUAUCGGUCUGGCCGAGCAGCGACUGAAGCGUCACGCCGAGAGGAAGGCGGCCAUGAACAACAUGACGUACGAAGUGAUGCAGCAGGGACAAGACCUGCACCAGUACAUCAUGGAGGUCCAGGCUUCAGGCAUCGAGCUGACCGGGGAGAAGGACAUGGAUCUGGCCUCUCAGGUUCAGGAGCUGCUGGAGUUUCUUCAUGAGAAGCAGCAGGAGGUGGAGCUGAGCGCCCAGCACACCCACAGCCGGCUGGAGCAGAGUCUGCAGCUACGCCACCUGCAGGCCGAAGUCAAGCAGGUGCUGGGUUGGAUCCGUAACGGGGAGUCGAUGCUGAACGCCAGCCUGGUGAACGCCAGCUCUCUGUCUGAGGCCGAGCAGCUGCAGAAGGAACACGAGCAGUUCCAGAUGGCCAUCGAGUCGCUGUUUCACGCUAACUCUCUGCAGAAGACUCACCAGAGCGCCCUGCAGGUCCAGCAGAAGGCCGAGAUGAUGCUGCAGGCCGGACACUACGACCCCGAGGCCAUCCGGAGCUGUGCCGAGAAGGUGGCCGUCCACUGGCAGCAGCUGAUGCUGAAGAUGGAGGACCGGCUGAAGCUGGUCAACGCCUCCGUCGCCUUUUACAAGACGUCCGAGCAGGUGUGCAGCGUCCUGGAGAGUCUGGAGCAGGAGUACCGGCGGGACGAGGACUGGUGCAGCAGUCUGGACAAACUGGGAGCUGCAGCCGACAGCGAACAUCUGCUCCCUCUGAUCAGCAAACAUCUGGAGCAGAAGGAGGCCUUCCUCAAGGCGUGCACGUUGGCUCGGAGGAACGCUGAGGUGUUUCUGAAAUACAUCCACAGGAACAACGUGAGCAUGCAGGGAGCUGGAGGACACAGCAGAGGACCAGAGCAGCAGGUUAAAGCCAUCCUGAACGAGCUGCUGCAGAGAGAAAACCGAGUUCUUCACUUCUGGACGUUGAAGAAGCGACGCCUGGAUCAGUGCCAGCAGUUCCUGGUGUUUGAACGCAGCGCCAAGCAGGCUCUGGACUGGAUCCAGGACACAGGUGAGGUCUACCUGUCCACUCACACGUCUCCAGGCGACAGCAGUGAAGAAACUCAGCAGCUGCUCAACGACUGCCAUCACUUCAGACUCACUGCCAAGCAAACCAAGGAGAAGGUGAAGCUGCUGAUCCAGCUGGCCGAUAACCUGGUGGAGAAAGGCCACGCCCACGUGUCGGAGCUGAAGCGCUGGGUCAGCACCGUGGACCGACGGUACCGGGACUUCUCCGUACGGAUGACCAAGUACCAGGAGAGUCUGGAGAGGAGCCUGGGCGUCAGCUCUGAGGACAACAAGGACCUGGAGCUGGACAUCAUCCCGGCCAGUCUGACCGACGACCCCGAGGUGAAGCUCCGAGACCCGAACCACGAGGUCAACGAGGAGAAGAGGAAGUCUGCCAGGAAGAAGGAGUUCAUCAUGGCCGAGCUGCUGCAGACGGAGAAAACCUACGUCAGAGAUCUGCACGAGUGUCUGGAGACGUACCUGUUUGAGAUGACCAGCGGAGUGGAGGAGGUUCCAGCCGGCAUCGCCAACAAGGAGCACGUCGUCUUCGGAAACAUGCAGGAGAUCUACGACUUCCACAACAAUAUUUUCCUGAAGGAGCUGGUGAACUACGAGCAGCUUCCAGAAGACGUCGGUCAUUGUUUCGUCACCUGGGCCGAUAAAUUCCAUAUUUACGUUGAUUACUGCAAAAACAAACCUGACUCCAGUCAGCUGAUCCUGGAACACGCCGGAACCUUCUUUGACGACAUCCAGCAGAGACGAGGUCUGGCCAACUCCAUCUCCUCCUACCUCAUCAAACCGGUGCAGAGGAUCACCAAGUACCAGCUGCUGCUCAAGGAGCUGCUGUCGUGCUGUGAGGAAGGUAAAGGAGAGAUUAAAGACGGUCUGGAGGUGAUGCUGGGAGUCCCCAAGAGAGCCAACGACGCCAUGCACCUGGCCAUGCUGGAGGGUUUCGAGGAGAACCUGGAGGUUCAGGGUGAACUCAUCCUCCAGGACAGUUUCCAGGUCUGGGAUCCUCGAUCUCUGAUCAGGAAGGGACGCGACCGACACCUCUUCCUGUUCGAGUUCUCUCUGGUCUUCAGCAAAGAGAUCAAAGACUCGGCUGGAAGAACCAAGUACCAGUACAAGAACAGACUACUGACGUCGGAGUUGGGGGUAACUGAACACAUAGAAGGUGAUCCCUGUAAGUUUGCUCUGUGGGCUGGAAGGACUCCAUCAUCGGACAACAAGACGGUGCUCAAAGCGUCCAGCAUGGAGGCCAAGCAGGAGUGGAUCAAGAACAUCAGGGAGGUGAUCCAGGAGAGGAUGACCCACCUGAAGGGGGCGCUGAAGGAGCCUGUACACCUGCCCAAAACCCCUGCUCUGACCAAACCCAGGAACAACCUGAAGAGGGAGGGCGGUGAGGACGGAGACAGUCAGGGAGACGGCAGCAGCCAACCGGACACCAUCUCCAUCGCCUCCAGGACGUCCCAGAACACGGUGGACAGCGAUAAGCUCUCUGGAGGCUGUGAACUCACCGUGGUCCUUCAGGACUUUACAGCCGGAUGCAGCUCAGAGAUGUCCGUCAGUACAGGUCAGACGGUGGAGCUGCUGGAGCGGCCCAGUGAGCGACCCGGCUGGUGUCUGGUCAGAACCACCGACCGAAACCCGCCUCAGGAAGGACUGGUUCCCAGCUCGGCGCUCUGCGUGUCGCAUUCCCGCUCCAGUGUGGAGAUGGACUGCUUCUUCGGGUCAGGAAAAGAAAACUACCCGGUCGGCAGCUCGGAUGGGAAGACGGAGUCGGUGGCGAACCUGCAGCCUCAGCCGUCGCUCAGCUCGCUGCAGUCCAGCUCUCCAGGUCCUAAACGCUCAGGAAACACUCUGAGGAAGUGGCUGACCAGUCCGGUCCGCCGCCUCAGCCACGGCAGCUCCAUCAAGAAACUCCCCAACAGCAAGCAGAAGAAGACGGGACCUGGAUCAGGUAGAGAGGAGAGCAGGAAGAGCAUCGACCUCGGCCAACCUGACCUCGCCCUGCAGGAUGACAUCAUCGAUGAGAGAGUCCUCAGUAAAGAUGGAAACCUGCUGUCCAAAACGUCUUCAGGGAUGCAGAGCGGCGGCGAGGAGGAGCAGGACGAGGAAGCUCACACUCCUCUUCCUCCCCCCAUGGAGAUCAUCAAGGACCCCUCAGCUCAGGACGACAAGUCUUCGUCCUUGCUAACGUCCCUCCAGUCGUCCUCUGAGGUUCCCAGCGCCGCCGAGCUGGUUAGCGCCAUAGAAAAACUGGUUAAGACCAAGAUGACUCUGGAACCAGGAGCCUACCCGGGCUUCUCCUCGCUGUCGCCUCCAGAACAAACCACUCCGGUCCAGCCGAGGAACCCGGAACUGGAGCAGAGAGCCAAGGCUAUGAGAGGACGCAUGUUUGUUCUGAAUGAGCUGAUUCAGACGGAGAAGGAUUAUGUGAAAGACCUGGGCAUCGUGGUGGAGGGCUUCAUGAAACGCAUCGAGGAAAAAGGCGUCCCAGAGGACAUGAAAGGAAAAGACAAAAUCGUGUUCGGAAACAUCCACCAGAUCUACGACUGGCACCGAGACUUCUUCGUUGGAGAGCUGGAGAAAUGUCUGGAGGACAACGAACAUCUUCCUGAACUCUUCAUCAAACACGAGAGGAGGCUCCACAUGUACGUGGUUUACUGCCAGAACAAACCCAAGUCUGAGUUCAUCGUAGCCGAAUACGACUCGUACUUUGACGGCAUCCAGCAGGACAUCCAGUCCAGGUUGACCAUCAGUGAUUUCCUCAUCAAGCCCAUCCAGAGAAUCACUAAAUACCAGCUGCUCCUCAAGGACUUCUUGAAGUAUAGCUCCAAAGCGGGGAUGGACUGUGAACAGAUCGAGAAAGCCGUGGAUCUGAUGUCUCAGGUCCCUAAACUGUGUAACGACAUGAUGAAUCUGGGUCGGCUGCAAGGAUAUGAGGGUAAACUGACCAGUCAGGGCAAACUGCUGCAGCAGGAAACCUUCUUCGUCACAGAGCAGGACGCCGGUGUUCUGUCCAGGUCCAAGGAGCGCCGAGUCUUCCUCUUUGAGCAGAUCGUCAUCUUCAGCGAGCUGCUGAGGAAAGGAUCGUCCACGCCGGGAUACCAGUUCAAGAAGAGCAUCAAGGUGUCCUACCUGGGCCUGGAGGACAGCGUGGACAAUGAUCCCUGUAAGUUCGUUUUGUCGUGUCGUGGUUCUUCGGAGCGUUUCACUCUACAGGCCGCCAACGUCGACACCAAGCAGGUCUGGGUCCGACACAUCCAGGAAGUCCUGGACGCCCAGAGCAACUUCCUGUCAGCUCUUCAGUCUCCUAUCGAGUACCAGAAGGAGAAGAGCAGCUCCUCGCUGACGAGGAACCGAUCGUCUUCAGGGAACCGACCAAUCAUGUCGUCACACAGCAGGCCGUCAUCAGCGGUCGGCCUCGGCGACAAGGACUCGGACAGGGGGAGGAGCCAGAUGAAAGUUUCUACCUCCAAUGGCGGCUCGACAUGUUUCGAGUCCAGAGACUCUGACGGCGGUUGUAAUGGCGUCUCGUCCACCAUGUUGGUCUCUCAGGACUACUCGGCGCUGAAGGAGAACGAGAUCUGCGUCAGUCAGGGCGAGACAGUCCAGAUUCUGGCCACCAAUCAGCAGAACAUGUACCUGGUGUACCGGCCGGCCAACAGCCAAUCGCCGGCCGCCGAGGGCUGGGUGCCGGGUCACGUCCUGGGCCCGCCCACCAAGCCCAUAAAAGACUCUUCGUCCACUUCCUCCUUCUCGGCGGCGGUCGCGGAUGCCAACAACAUCAAGAAGUCUCUGUCGUGGAACACGCUGCGUGCCAGGAAGCGCGCCGAAGCCAAGGACGUGUCGGCGGCGCUGGCAGCGGUGGCGGCGGGGGUCAGAGGUCAGGAGAACGGCCUCAUCCGUAAGGGCAAAGACGUCGCCCCCCCUCCCCCGCUCGCCUCGCCCGCCCCCCGCCCAAGGGCAAAGACGUCCACACUUCAGACGAAUCAGACUGCGACGACGACCUCGAUCCAAAGACGGGAAUGGAGCUUCUGAACCCAAACUUCAUCCAAGAAGUAUCUCCAGAGUUCCUGGUCCCUCUCUCUGAUGUGGUCUGUGCCUUCGGGGAGACGGUGGUUCUCUGCUGUAAAGUCUGCGGUCGACCCAAACCCUC